CUUUUCCUUCCUUUAACCAAACAGCCGGUUACCAGUAACAAACCGACCUCUAAUAUUUUCGUGUAAGCUGAAUGAAAAAAACAACAACACCACAUUUUUAAGCGUUAACCAAGGAUUUACAUCUUUCGUGUUACUUAAGUGUUGUUUUCAUCGUUCUAUUUCGAUUGUUAAUCUAGAAAUAUCAAAGGCAAAGAUGAGAUUCAGUACUGUACUCAUGUGUUACAGCAAAUUGCCUAAAAGAUAUUCUAAUUUUCCAGAUAAGUACGUGAAAAAGCAAACAGAGUUCAUCCAAUGGGAAACCCCGAGAAGAGUGAACUACAAUCCUACCAAAAUAAGGUGGACUAGGUAUCCUUAUUAUGAUCGUUACCGAAGUUGGACUCAAGCUUUCCAAGCCAUGAAUAAACCUGGUGAACAGAAACCAAGGAUUUGGGUUGAACCAAUGGAGAGGUUUUAUGUGUUUAAUGGUGAUAGAGUGCAAGUUCUUCGUGGUAAAGAUAAAGGUAAACAAGGAGUUGUUAAAUACGUUGUAGAGGAAAGAAAUUGGGUUUUUGUCGAAGGAUUAAAUGCGGUCAGAACCAUUAGACAGAUGGCAGAAGAUAGUAAAUACGUUACUAUUGUAGAACAACCAUUGUUAGUUCCAAGGGAUGUUGCAUUGGUGGAUCCAUCCGACAAACAGCCUACAACUAUUAAAUGGAAAUACACUGAAACCGGUGAACUUGUUCGAGUAUCUGAUAGAACUGGUUACAUUAUAAUGAUACCCUUAGAAGCAUUCAAAACUUAUGAUUAUUUAACUCCAGAGCAAUAUAUUGAAUCACCAAAAGAUUCUAAUCUAGAAGAAACCACUAAAGUGACAUUUGAACCAGUCCUGAAAACCUUUGAGAUGGACAUAGCUGAUCAACAAGGAAUUAAAGAAGACCGGAUACCUCAUAAAACAUAUUGGUAUUAAGCUAAUACAUAACUCAGCGGAUGGUAACCGUUAGCUAUUUCAACCGAUAUUUUUGAUUAUUUGCACUAGUGCACUGACAAUGUUCAUUGUUAUGGCCACAAUCUGUCAAUGUUUCAUGGCUAAUAAUAGUAACAAAUGAGCAAUUAAAACAAAUGAUUUAGUCCAAAAUAAUUGCUAUUAUGUGUAUAAUGUUGCAUUUGUGCUGAUUAUCAGUUAAAAAUUAUCUAAAUUAAACAAUUCUAAAUUCAACUCUAUAACCCUAGAUAGUUCCGUUUUUACAAAGCUUUUUCAUGUUUCAUGAUGGUCAGAUAUCUCAAAUGCAAGUUUAGAUUGAAUUUGUUAUCGUUAUUAUCCAUGUAAUCGAUUGAUUUAAUAAAAAGUGUUCUUAAUCAUUAUCA